UUUAAUUUCAGACUUCGUAAUGACUCUAAGGCCGAAUCACUUAUUUUCCGAUUCCAUCCUGAAACAUGUAUUGCCUUGUGCUUCUUGCCACGAACGAAAAGAUCAUGGAGAAGGCCUCGGACUUCGAAGAGCUGAUCCUGUUCGCCUACGUGAGAUAUUUGAAAAGUAUGCGACUGUGAAUGAAGAUGGAGAACUUUACAUGAAAGCUGAUGUAUUCGUCCGAGAUUAUCUUGGAUUACACAAGGAUGAAGAUUACAAUCCGAAUGCCGUAAAGCUUAUCGCCGGGGUGGUUGAUACCAGCAAAGAUGGACUUGUUUCGUUCAUGGAGUUCCAAGCUUUCGAAGCUCUUCUGUGCUCCCCCGACGCUUUAUACCGCACGGCAUUUCAAAUGUUCGACACGCAUGGUAACGGAGUGGUUUCAUUUCAAGAGUUUUCGGACGUCAUCAAGAAAACGGAGUUAUAUCAAAAAGUUCCGUUUAACCUUGAUUCUGACCUUGUCAAGCUUUACUUCGGUAAAGAGAAGAACAAGUUGGUGUCUUUUGCCGAGUUCUCCCAGUUCUUGCACGACUACCAUGAAGAGCAUGCUGUGCAAGCGUUCAAGCGCUCUGACAAGAAAGAAGUGGGAUUUAUAUCAGCCUUGGAUUUCUACAAUAUCAUGGUUUCUGUGAAAAGUCAUUUACUGACACCAUGCGUGAAAGAUAAUCUGGUGGCGGUCGCCGGUGGUCAGCAAGUUUCUUUCCCGUUCUUCGUUGCCUUCAAUUCCCUGUUGGGAAAUAUGGAGUUGGCCAAGCGAGUCUUCUUGAAUGCGACGGGAAAUGAUAAAACGGCUGAUGUAUCCAGGGAGGAUUUUAUUAGAUCUGCCCAAAUGAUGUCUCAAAUCACUCCCCUCGAAAUUGAUAUCUUAUUCAAGCUGGUGCAACUGACGCAGCAAGACACUCGAAUGCAGUUUUCGGAUCUGGAAUCCAUGACUCCUGAGCAAUACAUGAAGAAGAUAACUAGUUUUACUUUGACGGAAGUCAAAGCUGUUUCCAGUCCGGAAGAGCGCGGAGUAAUGAUUGAAGUUUUGGAGAGCGCUUACCGAUUUACGCUGGGAGCGAUUGCCGGCUCCGUCGGAGCUACAGCUGUGUACCCCAUUGAUCUGGUGAAGACUCGAUUGCAGAACCAACGGUCUGUUUCAUUCAUAGGAGAACUUAUGUACAAAAAUUCAUGGGAUUGUUUGAAGAAAGUUAUUCGACAUGAAGGAUUUGUUGGCUUGUACCGGGGCUUGGUGCCACAGCUCGUGGGAGUUGCCCCGGAGAAAGCCAUCAAACUCACGAUGAACGAUUUCGUGAGGGAUAAGUUCACGGAUCAUAAGACGAAAAAGAUAGCUUUGUCUGCAGAAAUGUUUGCUGGUGGUUGUGCUGGUGGUUCUCAAGUUGUUUUUACGAAUCCGCUGGAAAUCGUCAAGAUCAGGCUGCAAGUGGCUGGAGAACUUGCAUCUACGUCCCAAAUUUCGGCCGUCCAAGUUUUGAAAGAACUCGGUUUCUUUGGUUUAUAUAAGGGUGCCAGAGCUUGUUUUCUUCGGGAUAUACCCUUCUCGGCUAUUUAUUUCCCUGUUUACGCUCACUCUAAAAAGAAACUGUCUGAUGAGAAUGGUUACAACAGCCCUUGGACUUUGCUGGUUGCAGGUGCGAUCGGCGGUGUACCAGCUGCGUCUCUCACCACUCCGGCGGAUGUCAUCAAGACUCGUCUGCAGGUGGCUGCCAGAGCAGGGCAAACGACGUACAGUGGUGUUUUCGACGCCGCUAAGAAAAUCUGGAAGGAGGAAGGGUUUGGUGCCUUUUGGAAAGGAGCUCCUGCACGAGUCUUGAGAUCUUCACCUCAAUUUGGCGUGACGCUGUUGACUUACGAGGUUCUCCAGAGAGCUUUCUACGUCGAUUUCGGUGGCAUGCGACCGGAAGGUUCUGAGCUAAGCUUAUCUCUACCAGAACACUCUACCCAAGCGCGAGCAACGAAUCCGGACCACAUCGGAGGCUUCAAAGCUGCUAUCCCGAUACUUUCCGGGAUAGAAUCCAAAUUUGGCCUUGUGUUGCCCAAGUUCAGCCAUAGAACGGCCGACCAUCCUAACUGAGCAGGUUUUUUGAAGAGAUUCCAAGCGAGCCCUGUCCUUUUCCAACGCGCUGUUGCAAUGAAAAAAGAAAAUUGAAUCUCCGCCGAAGAGUGAGUUUGAUAUCCGGUUGAUGAACGCAUUUAACGAUGAGGCUCGUUUGGUUUCACUCUCUGUCUGACUCGAGGAAUGUGUAGGAUGUUAUUUUUAGUUAUUGUUCCCCUUUAUCCGAGGAAUCGAGAGUCUCGGUAAUUUUUUGUAGUUGCGUUUAGGAGUUCUGAAGGCGGCUGAAGAGAGAAAACGAAAAGGCGCAUGGGAUUAGCUGUGAUCUGAAGCAAGUCUGAUGUCUCACUUUGCCUAGGAUCCAUGAGUUGUAUCCCAGUGUUCGUUGUUACCACGUUUUUUCGAUAGAUUCGGGACACUUGAAUUGAGAAGUCGAAUUUAAAAUUCGGGUUCGCUGUGUAUGCUCAUGAAUCCUGAAGAAUUCUGCAUGAACAGUUCUACUAGAUAAAUUUUUUUUAUUCUUUCAUGUAUUCAAGAUAAAAUUUCGCUGUCUAAAGAAUUAUGGAACGCUGAUUCAAUAACGAGAAUCCAAAAUUUUUAAAAUGGACUAGCUUUAUGCGUAUGAAGCUUGAUGAUUGCGCAUAGUUAAUGCUGCAUCGUAGAUUACGUUAAAUUUCAUCCGAAAUUAUGAAAUUUAUUUUUGACAAAUGCAAGUUCGUGUGGCUUUCAGUGCUAUCUCUUCAAUUUGAAAGGAAGUCCGCAAUAUGCUACAAAUCGCAAUAUGUUUCUAGUAGGGUUUCCUACGUGAGUUCAGGUAGUUCUCUCACUAACUUGACUCACUUCGCACAUUAUCAGUUCGGCUUCCUGUGGGGGAAAGUGCAAUUCAGCAUUUUGUGUCCCAGUGAUCUUAUGGCAAUCAGGUCCCUCUGAUGAAAGUUAACCAUGCACCGCAGUUCGUGCUUUCAAUGAGGCUGGUGACGCGUCCAGCUUUGUUUUGUUAUUGAAAUGGAUUGGAGUGCAACUUGCCCGGCGUUGUGAAGACAGAGACAUCGAAAGAAUUCGAAUUGUUCGCAAAGAACUUGUUUGCUGCUCUAGGAGUGUGGGUUGCCUCCUAGUACAGUACUCUGUUAGUCAAGGUGAUGUUGUAUACCCUGAGUGAAUUUGAUUUUUGCGUGUAUCAUCAGGCAACCGAAAACGAUGAAGCUCUGAAUAAAACAGAUCUGCCUCAAUAAA